AUGGAGUCCUUAGGGUCCUCGAGCUCCGGAGGUUACGACAGUUACGUGUACGUUGAGCACAGCGAUGCCGAAACGAGCGAUGAGUUCUGCCGAGCAACAGACUCGACGGGUGAUGCUGAACAGCACGAAAACUACGCCAAUGCAUCAGUUCAAGACUUAGAUCAGCAAUGGCUGGAGCAUAAAGCCCAUCAGAACGGUCCGUACGCUGACCAGUUUGGCUACUCGCAAUCCUCGCCGUCGGGGUACAGCCUACGAUCCGGAGGUGGUCCAGCAUACACUACUGAUGGCCAGUGUGCUCACCAGACCCAAGAAUUCGAACCCGGUCAGCCUUUCGAUCCCUGCCAAGGGCCUGUCAUGUACGCUGGAGACGGCAGCGCGGACCUGUAUCCUCAGUACGCUGCGCCGGCAGGACACAACGACCGAGGGCUGGGAGUCACGCAACCACUUUACAACUUCCCCGACCUCAGACAGCCCUGUCUCACUUACAACCCUUACACCGAAGACAACAACACGAUGCCUGCUCGACGAAAUCCAGUCGUAAUAUAUCCGAUAGGCUCGCGAACCGCAGAGUGCCCUCAGGGAGCCCGGCACAAGAAUCUGGAACAGCACGUCAAUCAAUUGAUGGAUGUGCUCAACACACCUGGCGUCCAAGUACUCGAUCUCGUGGUCUAUCAGCGCGCGCAAGAUGUGCCACUAGCACAGAUAGCUAUAACUGGCAGGGACAAGGACAGGCAUCCUUCGUGCCGCCUACAUAUCCGGCACCCAGACAGCAAAGAGCUCAAGGACGUUCCGUUCCCAGCCGACCCGCAAUGUACGACCGACCUCUCCAGGGAGUUCCGCGCCGUCGGAUCCGCUUCACUGCCCCUACUGCUCGGCAACGUUUACAGGAACCUACCGGCAGGGCAAUUACGGGCGGCACAGGAGACAAAAGCAUGGCGAAGCGAGACAAUGGGUCUGUGA